CUUCGCGCAGGAUGUGCGCGGGAACUGGCAGUCCUGCAAGCUUCCAGCUUGUAUGAGGGAGUGGGGCUUUCUCUGUGUUUGUGCUCCUGGAAAUGAGGCCAAAAUAAAGAAGUCUUUUUAUGGCUCUCGGGAGCGGGAGCAGAGCCAAGCAGCUGACGGCCCGCGGAGCUGGGUCAGCGACCUGCACCAGGUUGGGACGGGGUGAAAUGGCCGCCUCCUCUUCAUCCUCUUCAGCUGGCGGAGUCAGUGGCAGCUCUGUGACAGGAUCCGGUUUCAGUGUCUCGGACCUGGCACCGCCCCGAAAGGCCCUCUUCACCUACCCCAAGGGAGCCGGGGAGAUGCUGGAAGAUGGCUCGGAAAGAUUUCUUUGUGAGUCUGUCUUCAGCUAUCAGGUUGCAUCUACAUUAAAGCAAGUGAAACACGAUCAACAAGUUGCACGGAUGGAAAAACUGGCCGGUCUGGUAGAGGAGCUGGAGGCAGAUGAGUGGAGGUACAAGCCAAUAGAGCAGCUGCUGGGAUUCACUCCCUCGUCGGGCUGAGCACGUCUGGAUCUCUGCUGCCGGAGAGCAGAAGAAAGGCACUCUCUGGCCCAACUUCAAAACACGCCACCAUCUAUCAGGGUAUUUACAGCUGUGUCAGCAGGAUUGGGCUGAAAGAAAGAAAGAAAGAAAGGGAGAUAUAAAGCUGAGUGGCAGGGGAAGGAACCCACUAAGUUGGUCUGCUCUUUCCCUCCUGUGCACUGGCCCAGGUUAUCUCCUGCCUGGGAAGCGUGCGUCUCUGCCACUCCAGCCAGGCCUCUGCAGAGCACUUCCAGGCCCUCUCAGAAAGGCUCUGCAGUCCCAGCCCUUCUUCUGGACAAUUGACAGGAUGAGAUGCGUCCUGGGUCAGCUGCACGGGGGACUCUUUGUCGGCGGUGCUCCUGUAUUGCUGAAACUGUCUUCUUUCCAGCACUGUUUCUCUUUUGUCUGCACAGUGCUGGUAGCACAUGGCUCUUUAAUGCAGAAGCUGUGCCCUGAAUACCCCGAAACCCUCUUCCUCCCUAUUAUGUGUUAAAUUGUUCUGUGAUAAUAAAAUAAUUCUGUCUUGGAAA